UUCCUCGUGUUGUUUCCAUUUGUUUGUGGCGAACGCCACAGUUUACCACACAUAUCUGUUUUGUGUUUAAUAUGAGCACACAUGAUUAGGCGUUUGUUUAAGUCGCUGCACCUAAAAUAAUACAAGGGCUAUAAAGGCUCGUAGUCUGUUAGCAUUCGCUGAAAGAGAGAAACGUGUGUUAGCAUUUUCCGCUAUUUGAAGUAGUUUGUCAGCUAGCUCACGUUAGCACAGGAAUUAAUUCGGCCAACUAUUGUUAGCUGCUAAUUUCGCCGUUGCGUUAGCUGUUAACUCGUAACCUGAUGGAGUGUCCUCAUCUAAACUUAAACGUGUGUCAUCCGAUCGAUUCCUCCAGACUUCCUAACGGUAGUCCAUCCUCAUGGUGCUGCAGCGUUUGCAGAUCUACUAAAAGUCCAUGGAUUUGCCUUACCUGUCUCAUUGUCCAUUGUGGAAGAUAUGUCAACGGACAUGCUAAGAAACACUUUGAGGAGAGUCAGGUCCUUGGCGUUAGCCAGAAGAAGAGUGAGAAACAAGAGAAAAGCCACCACUCUGUGUGCAUGGACUGCAGCAACUACAGCAUAUUUUGUUACAGAUGUGAUGACUUUAUUGUUAAUGACACCAGACUUGGGCAAGUGCAGAAGGUUAGGGAACAUCUUCAAGGUUUAGAAAACUCAGCUCUGAUUGGUGACAGACAAAAGAAAAGAAAGCUUCAGGAAAGCCCAUCUCUAGACGCUAAGAUGUUAAAAGACAAUGAAGGGGUAGCUGUGUCUGCUACAGGCUUACGCAACUUGGGAAACACAUGUUUCAUGAAUGCCAUCCUGCAGUCUCUAAGCAAUAGUGAGCAGUUCAGCUGUUAUUUCAAGGAGUUGCCUGCAGUAGCACUGCGCAGUGGCAAGACUGCAGGAAGAAGGAUGUACCACACCCGCAGCCAGGGGACAACAGUUUCUUUGGUGGAGGAGUUCAGGAAAACCUUAUGCUCGCUGUGGCAGGGGAACCAGACAGCCUUCAGUCCAGACUCCUUAUUUUAUGCUAUAUGGAAAAUCAUGCCAAGUUUCAGAGGCUAUCAGCAGCAGGACGCCCAUGAGUUCAUGCGCUACCUGCUGGACCACCUCCACCGAGAGCUCCAGUGCAGUCGUAACGGGGCGGCUCACCCCGUCUCUGCCCAAGACGGGAUCAGAAAGUCCAGCUCAGAAAGCAAAUGUUGCAUAAAUGGGACCAACAGUGUUGUCACAUCAAUAUUUGGUGGCAUACUUCAGAAUGAAGUCAACUGCUUGAUAUGUGGUACAGAAUCCCGGAAGUUUGACCCAUUUCUUGAUCUGUCUUUGGACAUUCCCAGUCAGUUCAGACACAAGAGGAGUAAGGACCAGGAGCCUGGGCCUACCUGCACGUUACGUGAUUGCCUACGUAGCUUCACUGACCUGGAAGAGCUUGAUGAAACUGAGCUAUAUUACUGUCAUAAGUGCAAAAAGCGACAGAAAUCCACCAAGAAGUUCUGGAUCCAGAAGCUACCGAAGGUUUUGUGUCUCCACCUAAAAAGGUUCCACUGGACGGCAUUUCUGAGAAAUAAGGUUGAUACCUAUGUGGAAUUUCCACUCCAAAGCUUGGACAUGAGGGGUUACUUACUUGAGCCAGAGAAUUCACUGCUGGAGAGUUGCUUAUAUGAUCUUGUUGCUGUUGUAGUGCAUCAUGGAUCAGGGGUCGGAUCAGGCCAUUAUACAGCAUAUGGCUUCCAUGACAGCCGCUGGUACCACUUCAAUGACAGCACAGUCACUCUGGCCAAUGAGGACACGGUGAAGAAGGCCAAAGCAUACAUCCUCUUCUACGUGGAGAGGACUAAGCAGGCGGCCUCAGACAGGACUGCCACAGACAUGCCUGCUGUCGCAAAAGCAACAGACAGUGUUUCUGUUGAUGUUGCUCCUCUGGACAACACGUUGACGUCAGACAGGAGUUUGCUGCACGUGGCAGCCUUGCACACUGUUACCUCAGACACUGAUGUGUCAGAUAACUCUGCAGCGGAAUGCGUGGGCAUAGACAUGGCUGCACUGAGUGAAGCUGCCACAGACAGGAUGACUCUGUGACAGAGGAUGUUGGCCAAACCAUACAAGCCUUUGCACUAUGACCCGUUCAGACUUAAACCGCCUCACACCAGCUCCUUAAACUUGUUUUUUGUUGUUGUUUUUGCUUCACCUCAGUCACAUUUCUUACAGUGCUUGAGUUUAAAUAUUUUCACCUUG